AUGUUAACCUACGGGUGUGAGGUCUGGGGCUACUCAGCCCAAAAAAUACACAUCAGACGCAAACUGCUUUCUGCCCAAAGGCAAGCUCUAAUUGCAAUCACUAAGGCUUAUAGAACUGCCCCUACGAACGCCCUCCAAGUGAUUGCUGGCCUAACUCCGAUCCACCUUCAAAUUCUUCAACGGUACGUCAAUAACCUGAUAAUCAAAUAUCAAGCAAAAGAGCUCUCAACAACGCAGCUCCAUAAUAUAAUCAACAGGCUAAACCUGCCAAACGACAUCCAGAAUCUCAUCAGGGACGUGGACGACUAUGGUAUCGAUAUAAACAACAGUAACGAACUUACCCACCCAUCGGAAACCACAACCAUGAUCAUUCACGACAUUCAGGACGGUCCCCCCAAGGGAAAGAACUUCUACACAGACGGUUCCAAAACUGCCAACUCUGUAGGAGCCGCUGUCUACUUCACGGAUACCCUCACCCCCAGCCACUGGCAAGCCGUCGCAAGGCUAAGGGAUCACUGCUCAAUUAAACAAGCAGAAUCCCUGGCCAUCCUCCGUGCACUACAACACAUAAACGAUCAUCCCCAAAGGUUUCAACACGGGAAAGUAAACAUCAUCAGCGACAGCAGGAUUGCCCUCCUCAAGAUUCUAAAACAUUUAAGGGAUAACAAUAUACAAAUCUACUUCCACUGGGUCAAGGGCAACUCAGACACUAACGGAAAUGACCAGGCUGAUGACCUGGCCAGAAAAGCUGCUAACAUUACUUCAAAAAUCCACUAUCAGGCCCUACCACUCACAGCUGUUCUCAGCUCUCUCCGUUCCAUUAUAAUUAACAAAUGGCAAAAUGAGUGGGACAACAGCACCACGGGUCGCUACAGGUACGCCUUCAUCCCCAACAUCAACCAAAGGCUGAACAAUCACGUCUGCCAUACCAACUGUGAAAGUAGCCAAGGUUACGGAGUAACACUUACAGGCACUAGUCAGGCCUUCUGGAUCUCACACAACCAUGGCCUGGCCCAGAUGCUCACAGCACAUGAAAACUUCAGGACAUACCUCAACAGGUUCCACAACAAGGGUAAUGCCAAAUGCAACUGCGGGAUCCCAGAAGACGAAGACCCAAUCCACAUCACCUUCACCUGUCCGAACUACAACUCUCAGAGGAGACCAUUUCGCAAUAAAGCAGACUCUGAAGGACUUCUUUGGCCAUGCCAACUGAAAGACCUUGUUAACAACAACAAACUCUUCAAAGCCUUCAAGACCUUCAUUUCCAACACCAAAUUAAGUAUCUACUCCAACGUGGCAAGUAACACCAAUUAA